CGUCACAACACAUGCAAAUUAAGAAACGCGCUGCAAAUCGUCACAACAAAUGCAAAUUAAGAAACGAGCUGCAAAUCGUCACAACACAUGCAAAUUGAGAAACGCGCUGCAAAUAGCACUGACCACAACGGAAAUGUUUCAAGAGGACCCAAAAAAGUGUCGGACCUGGCUGGGAUUUGCUUAUUGUGCAGUGGCUAUUGGUCAGUGGAGUUGUUGGUGAACUGAAAGAUCGAAAUGUAUUGCCCUUUCUGUGGCUUCCAAUGGCCGACCUUGCCAAGAUUUUGCAGUUCAUGUGGGCGAGAUAUAAAGAAUGCUGCAUCACUGAGUGACUUCCAGGAACUCACAGAAAAAUACUCCAGCAUGCUUCAGACAACGUUGGCAACGCUUGAUUUUGUCAAUGCCUUGGAACAGCAUCCUUCACUCUUCUUUCCAUUCAUGUGCUACACUGAGACCAAGCUGACAGCUGAUGCUGUGGAGAACAUCUUCCAGGUGCAGCUUAGUCAGCCUGGUAGCACCAACCGUCUGGAGGAGGCCAGAGUACUGAGCUACUGGCGAGAUUAUCUGCUCUACCUGGAAGAAAAAGAGGCAAGUCCUUUUUUAGAAGAUGUACUUAUGUUUGGAACUGGGCUGAAGGAAGUUCCUCCUGCAGCAAUACAGCCACAGCUAGUUUUUCAGAAGAACUUUCAAUUUCCCAUGGCAAAUGUAUGUACAAAUACAAUUAAAAUUCCAAUCUUACCCAGUUAUGAAGAGUUUCAGGCAGCCAUGGAUUAUGGCAUGCAAAACUCCCCUGGGUUUGGGCUUCCUUGAAGCAAAAUACCUUUGGCUGAUAUUCUGGGGUUUAGGUCAGAGUAAACAGUUUUUUUUAAAUGAAAAUCUGCCACUUUGUACUUUUGUAUUUUGAAAUGCAGGCAUGUUUGUAUAACAUAUGUUUUAAUAUGCACUUAUGUUAUAGUUACAAAUUUCAAGUCACUCAGUUAAACAAGGAACACUCAGGUUAAUAGACUGUACUGAUAUACUGGUGUGUUUUGAGGAAUAUAGAUUUUAUUUUCACAAGUGAGAUUUUUCCUCAUGGACCAAGGUUUUUUUUGUUUCAACAGAAAUGCAUGACAUGUUCUUGGCACAGAACUUAACAUUUUGUUAUACACAGUUUAAAUUAUAGAUGUUCUGUAAAACACUGAUGACAUAUGCAGUGAGCAAAUAAAGUUGUUCUUUGAACUGAUGAUUUUAAAGUCUGGAUAUAUUUUUAAGUGUUAUGUAAUUCUCAACAGCAGUUAUCCAAUUGACUGAUGGAGAGAGCCCACUCUGUCUCUGCAAGUCCGAAAAAUGAACUUGGAGAUUACUAUCACCACAAAGACUGCGCUGUGGUGGCAGAAUGUCCUCAAACUUUUGAAUAACUUCCUGUGACACUGGGAAUCCACAGUCCCUUGCAUCAAACCUAAGGUCAAUCAG